AUGCUGUGGGAAACGGUCCUAUCUCUGACGGUGUUAUUAAAUGGCGUCACUGCGAUGCACAUGUUCAAUGUUGCUCUUCGUAAAAAUGGAGGAAUAUGUUUGGGUGCUUCGUCGACUUUCAACUCGAACACAGGAUGCGGGGAAGCUAUUGACGGUAAAUUUGACCACAACAGCAUGUGGAUGACGAAAAAUGAGGGGGAGGACUCGUGGAUCAAACUCAAAUUUUCGAAUUUUUACUUAAUUAAGGUCGCCAGAAUUAUGCAACAUUCCAGUAUUCACGAACAAUCGAAAGAUAUCCUGAUGACUUUCAGUGAUGGUUCCCAGCAAACAGUAAGUCUGUCUGUCUGUCUCUCUCUCGGUCGCUCUCUCCCUCUCUCUCUCUCUCACUCUCUCUCACCGUCUCUCUUUCUGUCUCUUUCUGUUUCUCUCUCUCUCUCUCUAAUUCUGUCUCUCGGUGUCUCUGUCUCUCUGUCACUCUCUCUGUCACUCUCUUUGUCUCUCUCUCUCUCUCUGUCUUUCUCUUUCUGUCUCUCUCAUUCUCGCGCGCCAACGCUAGGCACUUUCAUUCAUGCCGUACUUCUUUCCUCUGUCAGCGUUUUACACUUUCAUUCAGUUACUGUUACUUUCUUUUUUGCUACUGCAUUAAUUUAUUUUGAUCUUUCUUUCGUUCGUUCUUUCUUUCGUUCGUUCUUUCUUUCUUUCGUUCUUUCUUUCUUUCGUUCUUUUUUUCUUUCGUUCUUUUUUUCUUUCGUUCUUUUUUUCUUUCGUUCUUUCUUUUGUCACCUUAACAAAUGUAGAUUAUUGUAUUUUAUUUUUCUUUCUUUCGUUUUUUUUCGCUUUUCUUUCUUUCGCCCUUUCUUUUGUUUUGUUGUUACCUUAAUACAUAUAGAUUUUUAUUUAUUUUGUUUGCCUUUCUUUCUUUCUUUCUUUCUUUCGCCCAUUUACCAUUUCUUUCACCUUUUCUUUUGUCCAUUUUUCGCUUUUCCUUCCUUCCUUUCUUUCUUUCUUUUCUCGUCCUUUUUCGUUUUUUGUCACCUUAAUAGUUGCGUUAAUUUAGUUUGCCUUUCUUUCUUUCUCUCUCUUUUUUUCUUUCUUUUUUCUUUCUUUCUUUCUUUCUUUUGUUUUGUUGUCUCCUUAGCAGAUAUAGACUAUUGUAUUAAUAUAGUUUGUCUUUCUUUCUUUUUUACUUUUUUAAUUCUUUUUUCUUUCUUUCUUUCUUUCUUAUUUCGUCUUUCCCGUUUCCUUCCUUCCUUUCUUUCUUUCUUUAGUAUUUUCCAUUUCUUUUUUAUCACUUUAUAUGCUUUCUUUCUUUCUUUCUUUCUUUCUUUCUUUCUUUCUUUCUUUCUUUCUAUGCUCUUUUCCAAAUUUUCUUUCUUUGCUCUUCUCUCGGUCUACUCUUCAUAUAACAACGGCUUUCGAGAAUUGGAAUUCUAUGUCGACUUGGAUAGCAGCUGGGCGAAUUGGUAUGAGUGGAGCAACUGUUUUGGACCAUGUGCAUCAGGCUUCCGGAUACGCAUGCGUAACUGUCUCAAUCCGUUUGGCGGUCCGACCUGCAAGGGGAUUUCCCAGGAGACAAGAUCCUGUUCUCAAGACGAUUGCUCUGGUGACAAUCUCCCUCCAUCGGCAGCUAGGCAAAGAAGCACUACACUUCCGAAAUCGGGAAAGAAAGCCACUGCCGCCAUUGUCCUAAGCUCUCUCUGCCUGGUUGUUUCACUUGGCAUCGUGUUUUUUCUUUGGAGCCGAACUACAAAAUCCUACGGUAAUGAAGAUGAAAGUAUUUUGUACAGUCCAGAAACCCCGGAUUAUCGAGAAUAA